AAUUUGUGCACCGCGGCAACGCCGAUUCAGGACGCUACAAACACAGGAGAGUAAAAAUUUUCUGACGUGUAAGCCUUGAAUAAAUGGAAUAAAUUCAAGUUGAUAUAAAAACAUUUGACUGUUUAUUUCGUCAGUUUCUUAUCCGCCCUGUCGAAGCGAAAGCCCAUUCAACCCUUGGCUGGGGACUUUCGGUCUCCCGGCCAAGGACCCAACUCAGAUGGCCCAGCCAACAACAAGAAAAAGCCAAGAAGAGGGUCCAAUAAUGCUGCAGCUCAGGCAGCACAGCAAUCUCCUGCGAUCAAUGAUCUGGUUCCGCCACCUCUUACUGGUUAUGGAGACACAAUCAUUGCAUCAAACCCAUUUGAUGACACACCAGUACCUCAUUCAAUGAUGCACCAGGGCCCUGGCCCAAUGUCUGGUCAAGGACCGGGAGGAAUGGGAGGACCUCCUGGCAUGAUGGGUCAUAUGGGCAUGGGUGGAAUGAAUGGUAUGAAUCACGGUGGUCAUAUGGGUCCAAUGGGCCAAAUGGGUGGAAACAUGAACAACAUGGGUGGCAUGAACAUGGGCCCAGGACCGAUGGGGCACGGCGGAAUGGGCGGUGGUGGUGGACCCAUGGGACCUAUGGGAAGUCCGGCGUGCAACGUUUUUGGUCAACCCAACUCGGGAGGCCCACCUGGUCCCAAACCUAUGCCGGUUUCGGCCGGAAAGAUCUACCCACCCGACCAACCUAUGGUUUUUAACCCCCAAAACCCCAACGCUCCUCCCAUCUACCCGUGUGGUAUUUGUCACAAGGAAGUCCACGACAACGACCAAGCGAUACUAUGCGAAUCGGGAUGCAAUUUUUGGUUUCACAGAAUCUGUACAGGAUUGACCGAGGCAGCUUACCACUUGCUAACGGCCGAAGUCUACGCCGAGUGGGUUUGCGACAAGUGCUACCAGUCCAAGAGCAUCCCCAUGGUCAAGUUUAAGCCUUGAAAAAUUAAAAGAAAUAUCGUUAUCCUACCAAAAUGCUCGAUUGAAUUUUUUGUCUCGCCCCCCCAUCAGACAUCAGAAAACCACUCUUUUUUACUUCUUAUUGUCUCCUAUCAUCGACUGAAAGUGUUGUAUUACGUUGUUUAUUAGCCGCAAAA